AGAGUAUAGUAUACGAAGCAUUAAUAACGUAUGUAUAUAAAUCCACUGGGAAAUUCGAUAAAGCCAUUCUCAGUUUCUCCAGAAUUAAAAAAAAAAUGAAUUUAUCUGAGUUUUGUUCUAUAGAUACAAAAUAGUCUUAAAAAUAAGCUCCUGAUUCUUUCAUAUGUCUCCAUGUAGCAUAUCAAUUAUAUUACUUGUUAUUUUUUUCCAAUCAUAUGAGGUAGAUUUAAUAUCUAUUAAUUAUGGUUAAAACGCAAGGUGGUUAUAUAUAAACGAUUACCUGCCUUGAGAAUGCCCAUGUGAUUUUAAUUAACCAAUCAGGUUGCUUGUUUGGUAUAUUGGAGUCUACAGUGUAUUCUUGUUGGAAGGGAAAAAGGUUCUUGUAAGGGGAAUACGUUUCUCUUACGAUAUGCCAAAAAAGGAAUCGAAAAAAGAAACGGCUGUGACAAAAAAUAAAGGCAGUGCAAAGACAGGUGCCAAGGAAAGUACAGAAAAUGCAGAAUCGGAGGCAAAGAAAAAAGCGCAGACGCAAAAUAACACAACGGAGCACCCACCCCCGGCACAAAUAGCAAAAAUGAAGUUUGCAGGCCCUCCCCAUAUUAAGAAAGACAAACGACAAAAUUCUUCGCGCUUUAACAUCACGAAAAACCGAGAGCUGCAGAAACUACCGCCAUUGAAAGAUGCUACUCCUGCAGAAAGAGAGGAGCUAUUCAUUCAGAAGCUGAGACAGUGCUGUGUUCUAUUUGACUUUAUUCAAGAUCCACUAAGUGACUUGAAAUGGAAAGAAGUGAAAAGGGCAGCUUUAAAUGAAAUGGUGGAAUUUGUCACACACAAUCGAGGAGUUGUCACAGAUGCCAUUUACCCUGAAGCUAUACAAAUGUUCUCGUGUAACUUAUUCCGAGCAAUACCGCCCUCCUCAAACCCAAGUGGUGCCGAAUUUGACCCUGAGGAAGAUGAACCAACACUGGAAGCUGCUUGGCCCCAUCUACAGUUGGUGUAUGAAUUUUUCUUGCGGUUUUUAGAAUCACCUGAUUUCCAGCCUAACACAGGAAAAAAAUACAUAGAUCAGCGAUUUGUAUUACAGCUGUUAGACUUAUUUGAUAGUGAAGACCCAAGAGAGCGGGAUUUUCUAAAGACAAUAUUGCACAGAAUUUAUGGAAAAUUUCUAGGACUAAGAGCAUACAUUAGGAAACAAAUAAACAAUAUGUUUUAUAGAUAUAUUUAUGAAACUGAGCAUUGCAAUGGUAUAGCAGAAUUGUUGGAAAUAUUAGGCAGCAUCAUCAAUGGGUUUGCAUUGCCCCUGAAGGAGGAGCACAAAGUGUUCCUACUGAAGGUGUUGCUGCCCCUUCACAAGGCCAAAUCCCUUAGUGUGUAUCACCCACAACUGGCUUACUGUGUGGUGCAGUUCUUAGAGAAGGAUCCAAGCUUAACAGAACCGGUUAUAAUGGGACUUCUAAAGUUUUGGCCAAAAGUACACAGUCCAAAAGAGGUUAUGUUCCUGAAUGAGCUAGAAGAAAUUCUAGACGUGAUAGAGCCUGCAGAAUUCAACAAAAUCAUGGUUCCACUUUUUAAACAGUUAGCAAAAUGUGUAUCCAGCCCACACUUUCAGGUGGCCGAGCGAGCGCUAUACUUCUGGAAUAAUGAGUACAUCCUUAGUCUGAUAAGCGAUAAUGCGUCCACAAUCCUGCCAAUUAUGUUUCCAGCCUUGUAUAAGAGCAAGGAACAUUGGAACAAAACUAUUCAUGGACUCAUCUAUAAUGCUUUGAAAUUGUUUAUGGAGAUGAACCAGAAGUUGUUUGAUGAUUGUACACAGCAGUACAAGACAGAAAGACAAAAGGAAAAAGAAAAGAAUAAGCAAAGAGAAGAUAAUUGGUACAAAGUUCAAAAUCUGGCAAUGGGAAAUCCGCAAUUUAAGCAGUUUGCUUAUAUCAAUUCGGAGAAAUCAGGAAAUCCAGGAACCCCUAAUAGUUUAGAGGAAGCUGAUGGAGACAUUGUGGUUAAUUUUGAAAAGUUAGAAAAAGAAGCCAAUGAGUUGACGAAGAAAAAAGCGAAAGAAAAGCCACUGCUUCGUCGAAAAUCAGAACUACCACAUGACAUAAGCAUGAUACGGGCCUUGGAGUCUCACAAACGCAGUGACGAAUAUCUGUCUACCUCCUCCGAGAGUCAGAGUGCAAACUGAGACACAAAUGACCUUAAUGCCAUAUUGAGGACCAUAAUGCAACAAAAAUAUGAAGAACAAUUAGUGUACCUGAAUACUGCAAGUCAAUCACAGAGCCAUGUCUUUUGUAUGUGUGUUUGUAUGUAUGUGUAAGUGUCUUGAGUAUUAUCAAUUUUUAAUUUGUAGAAACCCAGGUUAAAGGUUAAACCCAGGUUAAAGAUUGUAACAAUUAUCAGUUAUAUACAUAUUUAUGAUUGUAUAUAUAUACAUGAUAUUUUUAUGGUGUACAUUAAUGUAUUAUCUUAAUUUUGUUUGGUUGUAGUUUUUUUUAAAGUGUAGUAGUACAUGUACAAUGGCAAAAAGGAUACUUAAUUAGUAACGGACAGAGUAAACAAAUGACUUUUUUCAGUAAUUAGAUAUGCCUGAAUUGCAGAUUUACAGAACUGAUUUAGUAAACAUGCAUUGUAUUUGGGGGGAAAUUGAGCGAUUAUUGUCAUAGGCCUAGACCUGUGGUGGAUGAAGGGGACAUAACCCACAGUAACGGAGUCUAUUUAUUAAGCCACUGUGAUAGGACACACACCCCCAUUUUAGUAGAGGUUAUUGACCAACUUUUUCAAUGAAGAUGGUUUAGUUAUGAAUAAACUAUGCACAUUAAAUUCUUAAUUUCCUUGUUCUUUUAGAAAUUGUGUGCAUUUGUCAUUCAAAAUGAGUUUAGAUCGAAGAUAUGGGAAAUGGUGAAAUGUGUUAUUCAAUGAAUGUCAGUCUGAUUUACAUUUUUAAAGGAAUGAGUUUCUCCUAUCACUGUUACGAAUGAAACUGCAGUUUCAUGACUGUGUGAUUUGUUGAAGGUUUCAGAACAUCCAUGUCCGCUUGAGUCACAUAUAUACAUGUAUGAUAUUCAGAUUUAAUUUUUAACAGUAAAGAUAGAACACUUACAAAAAAGUAAUUGUUGCAUUCCAAAUACAUCCCCUUAUUUUUUUUUUCAUUUAUUCUUUGUGUAUAUUAACUUGUUCUUAAGCAAAACAUCUGUGAUAAAAUCUGGUCAUCUUUUUAUUGUACAUGAUAUUGUGUUAUUACUUUGUUGACGAGUGGUGACUCCAUUAAAGGGAAGGCAGGAACAACAUUAGCGUUCUAGUGAUUGUUUUUAAAUGCAGUGUUUAUAUUUGAACAGGGUACACUCAUGUCUACUAUUAGUAGAGAAGAGGAAGAAAAGCUGUACUACAAUUUUAUAAAUCACUAGACUGGGAAAAAUUCAAAAAUAAAGAGAAUUCAUUUGACGAAAUUUCAUAAGAUAAGCAUUUUUUAAUUGCUUCAAUUAACAGAUAUGAAAUAUAUACAUGUAUUUUGAUUUUCCAAGAAGAAAAAAAAGCCCAGUAUUUGAUUUGAAGAUCUCUAAUUUUUUGUAUUCAAGCAAAAUAUGAAGCGAUUAUAGAAGCAUUUCUUGCCCUCUUUCUAUGCAAGUUUUGUGACUAGAUUCAUGAUGAUGGAUUGUACAAUAACAUGGAAGUGAAGCUAUUGUAAUUCAUUAUAUAGUCUCUGUGAAUGAAUGCAUGUGCCUUUGAAAGUUAGCUCCUACAAAUUAUGAUUCCAGAAGAAAAGUGAAUGUUUUCUGUUUUUGUUCAUUGAAAAUUUGUCAUUGGAAGCAAGAGAAAUAUUAAUGGAGCCAUUCAGUUUUCCUUUGAUAGACACAACAGCAUUCCAAAUCAUAAUCAGAAUUACUCAUAGAUUAUAGGAUACGACAUACAUGAUUUUUAGUAUUAUAUAUUUUUUUUUUUACGAGUUGUUUUAUUUAUGUAAUUUUUUGGGGGGGAAUUUUGUUUGCUUUUUGUUGCAAAUCGCACCAUUUCAGAGAGAUUAGUCCAUAAUGAUUGAUGACAGAUAUGAAGCAGUUUCUUUUAGACCUGAUUGAAAUAAAGAUAAGAGAAUUAUGGAAGCAUAUAUUGGAAUAUUCCUUGUCAUGUUGUGGGGAUUUUUAUAAUAAUUUUAAAUGAAAAUCAUGAUUUCAUGACAGUAAUUUACAUGCUAUUAUAAACUUGUGCAUAACAUUUGAGGUUGAUUCUUUUGAUGCAUUUAUGAGCACAGAUUGAUUUAGUCAAUAAAUCUAUGUUUGAAAUAAUUAAAUUGUUUUGUGCCAACAAUACAUAUUGCAGACUUCAUUUAACUGAUGUUAUAGCAUAUAGUGAAAAUCCUGUCACCAUCAUGACACUUGCAAUAUUUUAUUGACUUGUUACUACAUCGUAGGGAUCUAGCUGUCCAGUUUAGCUGUUUUAUUUUCUGUAGCUUUAACUGUUAAUGUAGUUUACCUCUUAAAUCAAAACUGUAAUGGAAAAUAUACUGUAAAUCACUUGUAUUUUAUGAGACAUUAUACCCAUAGUACCUUGUGUUGUUGGUUCAGCCAGACUUUAAAUUUUGCAAAUGUUCAUUUUCUUAAAUGUCUAUUUUCAUGAUCACUCGGUAUAAAUACAAAAUUCUUCACAGCAAUCUUAUUCUAACAUCCAGAAAAAUGGGGAAAUUGUUAAAACACAGUUUUCAUGAUUAAAAAAGAUGUAAUGUAAUGCACAUUUAUGAGUAGUCUUACAUUUCAUAAAGAUGUAAACACGAGUGUCAGCACAUUAGUGUGGUCUUCAAAGAAAUAUUGCAUGGAAAUGGGUAAGAUUUUGACCACCAGCUUCAUAUUAAUCAUUUGCACAUAUUUGUUAUAUUAUCCUUUUAAGUUAUUGCAUAUCGCAAAACAAGCUUUGGUUUGUUAUGCACCAGUUGCUAAUUUUGGGCAACUGGUACUGUAAGAGAAAUGUGUUAUUUUAGACAUUUUUCUAUUUUUAGUGUGAUUUCAAUAUUGCACAUGAAAGGUACAUUGGAUAAUUGAUGUGAAUGUUAGUGUGAUUACAAGGAUUUGAGCAGUAAAUAAUGAGAUUUUUGUUUUAACAUAUAGAUAAACUGAUGGUUAGAUAUAUCUGAAAAGUUGACAGUAUCAUGGAAUUUUCAAAUUUGUGAAUUAUGUUUUUUCUAAUUUUGUUGACACUAGUGGGACACUUGAUUUUUAAUUAAUUAGAAAUAUACUUGUUAUAUCAAUGCUAAUAUGGAAAACUUGCAUGAAAUAUACACAAUAUAUCCACAAUUCUAACAAGAAUAUUUAGUGAUCUCAUUUUCCUUUGUAAAACUCCACUUUAUUUUGUUUCAUGUGACCAAUUAGCCAUAUUCAUAACAUGUUUUCCCAUUUUAUGCCGGUGUAUAAAUUCUUCAUUUUCUGGGGAUUGGAGUCUAUUUUAACCAAACAUUUUUUUUUCUAUGAAUAUUUUUGAUCCAGGACAUAUAAAGGAGAAAUUGAGCCAUAAUGUAUGUUAUUAUUUUGGUCGGUCUAUUUGCUGAUAACUUGUGCACUUCAUCUUUUCUGAAGAUGCUGACAGGGAUGCAAUGUUCAAAAGUAUUGAAUCCAGAAGGGGGGGGGGGGCAUAACAUGCACAUUUCACUUCUUGGUAGCAUUGGUACUUUUCACAAUACAUCUCAUUUUCUGUUUGACUCGGAAUCCUAGUGAUGUUUUGCAUAAAAACGUUGACAUGUGUAUUGUAAGUGAAUAUAAUAUUACAGACGGAAAAAUACUGUGAAUGGACUUUCAUUGUAUGAACAUAUUUAACAAGAAAUGGGAAGGUUCAACUGUGAUGUGUAUUAUAUAUUUCUGUAUUAUCUGACCAGGAACAAAAUAUAUAGAGUGUAUGUGUGGAGAUGGGAGAUGUUUUGGUCUGACGUGUGUAAAGUCGGACUGCUGUGUAUAACUGUUGUCAACAAAAAAAAUCGACCUUCAAUUGUUUCCUUUCUUAAAAAAAAAAUAAAUAAAAAACUUAUCUCUUAUG